AUGUCAACGAAAAUUGCACAAUCUCAUGCAUUUGUUGAACAUUUCAUUGAAAAGUCGAUACCUAUCUACAAUGAACUUGUCCCACCUCGACCAAUUCUUGUGAAUUCUGUCGUGUCUUCUACAAAUGCAAAUAUUGUGAAAUUAUUUUGGUUUGCACAAUAUCAAAAUAUAACUAGUACAAUGAAUCCAAUUGUAUUUAUAUUACAAGCAAGAAUAUGUAUUUGUAAAGUAUUCAAUGAAAGUUAUGCAUCAAAAUGGCAAACAUUAAUUAUGACUCAUGAGUUUGGAGUGAAUCUUGAGGCAUUUGAACCUGGACGUUUGUAUCAAUUUCGUAUUGCUGCCGUCAGUAUUCAUGAUCCAAUCAGACCAUCACCACCAGGACCACCCAGAAAUGUAACCGAUUCAAUGUGGAGGUUGUAUUCAUCUGGUAAGAUAAAUCUUCUACUAAGAUGGCAACCACCGGUACGAAGUGAUCUACCGUUAACUGAAUAUUUGAUAUCUUGGUCCAUUGAUCAUGGUUACUUAGAAACAGAUGGAGGAACCCUAGAAGCUCUUGUUCAGUUCACUCAAACAAUCAACGCGGAACGAACAGAGUGUAUUUUGCAUAAUUUGAAACCGGCAACCUCAUACAAAAUCCAAGUGAGAGCGAUCGCUCAUUGGCAUGGAUUCGGUAAUCUCGAAUCUCAACCAAAUACAAUAUUUCUUUCCACUCAAUCCAUUCAUCCAGCAUUUCAUCAACAAACUGUUAAUCCAAUACAAAUCUAUGCUACACCGAAUACAAUCAAAUUACCAACAGAAUUCGCGCUGAAAUCAAAAUCAUCAAUCUGUGAAUGUGGAAAUGGUCCACAACCUAUACUGCUGAAGAAAAUAUUCUACGAUAACCAUACAUUAAAGGCUGUACUACAAAUUAAUAUGACCAUAAAGAAGGAAAACACAACAAUAAUCGAAUGGUAUCCACAAGUGUGCAUUGAUUCAAAGAAUAUUCUAUGGAAUAUGUCACCUUCAACAAUCUUGUUAAAAUCUACACAUAGAAGAGUUGUAUUUGAAAACCUUCAUUUUAACUGUCGUUAUUGUGUACGGAUUCGUGUAUAUCCAACAAUUUUAGAUGAAACGUAUUUAAAUAUGAUAGAAUCAGUUGUUCAAGUUCAAAAUCAACAAUUGAAUCCAUUUACUUAUUAUGGAUGUUUUUGUACACUAUCUUGUUCAGAUAUUCUAACGAAAGAAGGUCAAGUACCAGAUAAUUGUAUCUUGUCAGCACCCGAACCACCCUCUCCACCAACGCAACUUCAAGCUAAUCACAUUGGUAGUUUAAAUUAUCGAAUAUCAUGGAUACAACCGAUGACGACGACUUCAGAUAGAAUAACACGACAAGUGGAAGAACAUUCAAGUCUCUCUGCUUCUGUCUAUAGAUUCAACAGAAAUUCAACCAAAUAUCGAAUUACGUGGGCACCGAGAAUUGACGAACCAGUAGAUGAAUCAAUGUACAAUGAUGAAAUCGGUUUCAGUCCAAUAAUGGAUUUGCAACAGAUUGAUGUCAGAGUGAUAGACGAGGAUCAAACAUGGAUUACAUUAAACCAACUGAAACCGAAUACAUUUUAUGUUGUACGUGUACAAACUUUGUUCAUUUCCCAUAACGGUAUGGAAAGAGAAAGUAAUCCGGCCUCAAUGUAUUUCACAACAACAACUUGUAAUAGACAAACAGAAAAUUCCUAUUCAAGAAAUAUCAUGGUUGAGCUGCGUAUGACAAUAAUUUAUUGUACAGAAUGGCGUAAAGUGGAAAUCAAGAAUUACUGA